AGGCUUAUAAAGGAGGCCUGAAGCGCGAGGCCGGCUUUCUCAGCGCGCUUGAGAGAGCGACGCGGGAAAGGACGCUUCCUCUCAGGUCUCUCUGUGUUCUGCCCGCCGCCAUGCUGGCCCUCCGCUCCGCCCGCAGUCGCCUCCUCCUCCUCCCGCUGCUCCGCUCCGCCACCCGGGAGUGCAGCGACAGCAGCAGCAGCAGCCGCCGCGGCGAGGACGACGACGACAACCCCCUGGUGUUCCUGGACGUGGGCGCCGACAACCAGCCCCUGGGCCGCGUCGUCUUCGAGCUGAAAGCGGAUGUUGUGCCAAAAACAGCAGAAAAUUUUAGAGCUCUCUGCACCGGAGAAAAGGGUUUUGGAUACAAAGGAUCCACUUUCCACAGAGUGAUACCUUCUUUCAUGUGUCAGGGUGGUGACUUUACUAAUCACAAUGGCACUGGGGGCAAAUCUAUAUAUGGCAGCCGAUUUCCUGAUGAAAAUUUCAUCCUUAAACAUAUUGGACCAGGUGUUCUUUCAAUGGCUAAUGCUGGCCCCAACACCAAUGGAUCUCAGUUCUUCAUUUGCACAGCCAAAACAGAUUGGCUGGAUGGAAAGCAUGUUGUAUUUGGUCAUCUGAAGGAAGGAAUGGAUGUUCUGAAAAAAAUCGAAAGCUUUGGCACAAAGAGUGGAAAACCUUCAAAGAAGAUAGUCAUUACUGAUUGUGGCCAGCUGUCAUAAGUCUAAAUCUGCCAACAUCUCUGGAGCAUCCGUGCUACAAAAGGGAAAUGAUAAGAAUUAUUACUUGCACAUUUCUCUCCUGGGUUUGGACUGGACUGAUAGGAAAACCAUCUUGCUGAGCCAUGAUCAGACAAAACAGAAAUAUUUUUAGGGUUUGUUUUUUUUACUUCUGAAACAAUUGUACUUUUUCCAUGAAUGUUGCAGAUGUGAAGAUUCACUACUAUGCUUGAAAAUUGAAAAUGCAAGGACAAGGACUGUUAACAAAGACUUGCUAGGAAACCUCAGAAAUUGUUCCAGGAGUCAGACUGAAUCUUACGGAAAUACGAACCCUCGGUGUUAAGAAUAUUAACUGGUGUUUUCCCACCUUAGUGACUUAGAGUAACCUGCAAUCUGUUUGAAAUGGUACUUGAUUGCUAUUUGAAAUGAAUGUAUUAACAGAUACUUAGUACUUGAAAAUUUUCUAGCCUGAUAUGUCAAGCAUGGCUAGCUAAAUGAUUAAUUGUGUUGAUUUGAGAAUCUCAGGUCAAUGCAAUUCAGCCAAGAUAACUGAAUGAACAGUACUUCCUCCUCCUUCAGUGAAGUGUUUUCUUUCUGUUUGAAGUCUAACUGAUAGCAUGCCUUUCAAUUGAGAUUACUUUUGAGAUUGUUUUAUAACCCCAAAGCCAUCAUUAUAUCAUAAAUAUUUAGUAUUAAAGCAAUUGGAAAGUAGGAUUCUUUUCUGCCCUACAAGAAAGAGGAAUUAAUCUUCUCUGAGUAUAAUGAUGAUGAUGAUGAUGAUGAUGAUGAUGAUGAUGAUGAUGAUGAUGUUUAUUUAUACCCCACUUUUUCUCUCCACAAAGAGACUCAAAGCAGCUAGAUGACUCCAAGUGGUUUCAAAAUCUAGUAUGCAUAAAAGCUCUUCUAAAACUAAUUUUUAGCCCUGCACUUCUGGUGCAUGCCCAGUGCAAUACUGUAUUUCAUCAUAUCUAAGGUACACUCAUUAUUGAAGCUUCAGGUUUAGAAAAAAAGAAUUUUCUUAGAAUAUAUUUUAGAAUUUUCUCUGCAUGCACAAUACCAUUUUUUCCAGUGCAGCUGGAAAAGGCUAUUUUAAUCAGAUUUUGACAAACCUAAGGAGCAGUGCAGGCACUUUAGCAUCCUCAUUCUUUAAUCCACGGUUGGGCAACAUGCAGGGGGCUUUUUUCCUACUUAGUUUAGCUAUUAUUACCUGCAGUUUCACAAAAGGCAGUCUGUUUUCAUAGCUUUAAAAACACAGUUAUUCUGCUUUAGAAGUUUUCUAAAAUUAGAAGUAAUUCCUUGCCAUUCCAGCUCUGAGUUUGUUUGUUUUUUUCAGUGGUAGAGCGGGUAAUGUGCAGCGGACUCAACCUUGCCUACUCCCUGCUCAGGUUGAUUUACAUGAUCAGGGAAAUUGAAAUUGGCUGAAGUGAACUGUAGCUGAAGAAAUAUUGAAUCAUAAAGGAUUACUUGGCAACUGAAGAUGGAUGGGAAUUGCAGUGCAAUUGCAGGGUGUCGUUUUGAAAAAGGCUGAUGGUAGCCUCUUGGAUAACUUACUUAGCUUCUAUUCUCCAACCUACCCCAGUCCAUGGAACUAUUAUUAUAAUGGUAGAAGGAAUGAUUAAUGGUAAAGCCAGUUUCCGUGGUAUGUAAUGUGUCUCAGGACAUGUGUAGCAAAUAAUUGGUAGCACUCUAAUUACCUCAGGUAUGUAGGACUAAGCCUACAGUAUUGGAAUUGUGAACAAGGGAGGAUGGCUCAACCACCUGAAUUUAUCAAAGGUUGCUGAUGAUACACAAGUUGGUGACCUCUGCAAUAGCCUUGGGUUUUGUUGACAUAAGCUAACAAUAUCCAGGCUGUGUUUGUGGAGGUGGGGGGCUAUCUGUAUUAGGGGAUAUCUCAAAGUGCUAUGUAAUCCUUUUUGACGGGGAAGCAGAAGACCCCACAGCAGAACUACUUUUUAACAUAUCAGUAUUUAGUACAGAGAACAUUAAAAUGUGAAGACUUUCUGAGCCAGUGAUGUGUUUUGGGUAGACUCUUGGGCUGGAACAUACAAGAACCAGGUUCUUGUCCCCACCGAGCUACAAAACUAACUGGGUUAUUUUAUGGGUCAUUCCCUUUGGCUGGUGUAACUCAGACGUUUACUGUAAGAAUGAAUAAAGUGAGGAGGAGAAAAAUAUUCAGGGAUGGUGAUGUUGCAGUGCAGCAAAAUAUAACAAAACCCACAAACAACAAAGCAAAAAAUAUAUCAUGCAAGUUUUUGAAGCUUCUCAUGACUUUUUUAUCAGGCGAAGAAUUUAAAAAUGAUACAAGAAGAAACAGUGAUUAUGUUAAGAGUAAUUGACUUACCUUCUGUCUUAUAUGUCAGUUAUUGAAGGAUUUCAAAGCAGGCAGUGGCCAGUUCCCUCCUUGGCCUUCUAAGGAUUGCAGACAAACAGUUAAUAACAUUUCAACUCAAUUAGCAACAGAAAAGUAACUUCUCUUGAGAGCUAAAUGUCCCAGUCCUGUGUGAAGCAAACUGCUGCUUCCUUAGGCAGGGAAUACUGUAUUUCUUGGGGAGUUUUCAUACUGUUAUAUAAAUGUGUCAGAUUUUUAUUUUAUUUUUUGUUAAUGUCAGGAGCGACUUAAGAAACAGCAAGUCACUUCUGAUGUGAGAGAAUUGGCCGUCUGCAAGGACGUUGCCCAGGGACGCCCGGAUGAUUUGAUGUUUUAUCAUCCUUGUGGGAGGCUUCUCUCAUGUCCCGCAUGAGGAGCUGGAGCUGACAGAGGGAGCUCAUCUGCGCUCUCCCGAAUUCAAACCUGUGACCUGUCGGUCUUCAGUCCUGCCGGCACAAGGGUUUAACCCACUGCGCCACUGGGGCUCCUUAAUGUGUCAGAUGAUGCAUAGCUAAAACUUUGCAUAGCUGCAGAUGAUGCAUAGCUAAAACAUUGCAAGCUGAGAAGGAAAGAUGUCUGCUACCUUGAGGUUGGUGGGGGGAAAUCUGGGAUAUAACUAACAAAUAAUAUUGGUAUGUUUGAUUUCUCUAACAAAAAUAGAUUGUUGCUUUAAAGUGCUAUGUUUUGCAUUUUGCGUCCCCAUACAUGCAAAGAAAACAAACAAAAUGUGAUGCUAUUUCAGUCCAUUGUUCUUGUAUUUUAAGUAUUUUUCAGUUGUCAAUAUUUUGAUUGAACUAACAAAUACUUUUGUUACAUAUUCUGUUUUUGUAUAUCUGAGAAGAUUAAAUGCCUUUUGUAAGAA